UUUAAAAAACGAAAAAGACUGCGGUCAUUUCAGGAAGUUCUGUUUAAUAGUGGACCAAUACUGAUAACGAAGUUACUGGUGUUCUUGUAGCAUAAUACCGAACUGGUUUGGAAACGGAUCAAGUUGAAGGACAUGCCUUUGUUUUUUCAGAACAGAGAAUUAGAUUGCUUCAGAUCAACAGCGGAAUUAUUCGACAAAUAUCCACAUUUACAGGAAAACGCAAAAGCAUUUCGCUCCAAGCCACGUGUUGAUGUAGAUCCGAAGCACCUCCUUUAUGUUCAGCAGAGAGAGUUUGCAGCGACAACUCCAGCAGACAACUGCGUUUCGAUCCUUGGAUCAGAUGAUGCUACCACCUGCCACUUGGUCGUGCUGCGACACACCGGUAGCGGAGCCGUCUGUCUGUCUCACCUCGAUGGCUCCAGCACCAGGACUGAGGUCCAGCUCAUUAUGAAAGCCGUCACAUCACUGAGUGACGGCUGUAAUGAGGGCAGAUUUGAGCUGCAUCUGGUUGGAGGGUUUGAUGACGAUGACAAAAGAUCUCAUAAACUCAGCCUUAACAUCCUGGCAGCGUUCCAGAAACAGAAGGAUCACAUUCACCUGGAGACAUGUUGCAUCACAGAGAUGAACAACGUAGUUGACAAGGGAAUUCAUAAACCGAUAGUAUAUGGAAUAGGUGUAAAUGUUAAAACAGGGGAAGUGUUCCCUGCCUCAUUCCCUCAUAAAGGACCUGCAGAGAUGCUGCGGUCGGCACGGACCUUCACUGGAGGAGAGAUGACUGACAUUUAUGACUCAAGACAUGGACUUGUUAGAGUUGGACCUUGCCAGUGGAGCCCUGAUUUGGAAAUUGCCUUCUGGUUGUCACAAAGUGAUGCCACUAUUUUAAAGUACCUGUCCACGUCUCCGUUUGCCGAACCGCCGCACUUUGUCCAGCACAUUAAGUCCACCAUCCAGUUCCUUUUGUCACAUCCAAACUCUAACAGCCUGUUCCCGGGAGGUCAGCCGCACCUCUACCACCGAAUGGAGAGCGGCAGCUGGGAGAGGCUUGUCCAGUCAUAACAAGUCACAGCCGAACCUUCAAAUGUUAUUUGACUAUUUUUCUAUUUUUCCAAUGGAAACACUGUGACCCCUUUUCAAUCAGAGUAUUUUAUCAAGGGUCCAAUCCCUGACCAGCGCUUUGCAAAUGUAUUCAAACCACAUGGAUCAUUUCUGUUCGGCUUAAACCGAUUUAAAUUUACUCAUACGAGGAAUUAGGGCUAGGCGAUAUGAGUUCAAAAUUAAAUCUCAGAUUUUUUUCAUUCCAGAUCUGAUAUUGCUUUUUUUUUUCUUGCUUUUGUCAUUCUUUUUGUGAGUUGUACGAGGGUGCAUUAGGACCUGGAGACACAAUUUUUUAUUAAGAAUAAAGUCACAAUUUUACUAGAAGGGCGCCUUAAAUUUGCAAUAAAAAGUUUUCAUGAGAUAUAAACUUCUACAGAGUUACCACGCAGUUCUUUCUGCAGAAUAGACAGUCGUUUGCACAAUUGUUUUAAAGUCCAGCUGAUGCUGAUGUGUUAAAAGAUGAGGUAUCUUCUUAUCUCUAAAACUUAUAGUUUUAGUAUUACCUCGUACACAUAAACAGAAGCUGUAAAACCUGUCAAGCAAGAUGGCCGGCCUUGGGGGUGCUGACAUCACUCUUGACUGGAGAAACCCAAGGAGUAAAUUGUUGAAGAUUUAAUUUUGCCCAAAAAUGAAAUCUUCAAAAACCCAAAUUUAAAUUGAUCGAUAAAAUCUAUUCAUCGCCCAGCCCUGGAAUGUAUCGAUGACUAUGUGACUUGUGAAUAUAUUUGCUUGCUCUGUAUUUUAUUUGGGUAUUAGAGCCUGUAUACAUAUGUUUGCCACACUUUUGAGGUUUUUAUCGGUUAAGGAGAAUGGGAUAUUUUCAUUUUCCUUCCACAUUUCAACAUUAUAGUUAUGCACUACUUUAUGUUGGUCUGUCUGUCUAAAUUAAUGGAAGCUUCUUUUGCGAGGUGCAGCACAUUACCUCUCCAGGCUCAUAUGGUAACAAGUUGUAUCCAUAGGUCCACUGGAUUGCUGUGCAUAAUUUCAUAACUGUACCAGUUUGCGGUUUAACUUUGCCUUAGUGUUGGCCAGUUUCACACUGCAGUCCAAAAGAAGGCGACACUUUACACUCAUUUUCUUUCAAAGUAAAGAAGCUUGUUGGUGGGGGGACAGGUUCACCACAGCUCUAA